GUCUUCAGAUCAACGGCUGGUACCUCACUAGUUCCUCUUUCCUAAACCCUUGCAAAACCUUGCAGAAAUCCAACUUCCAGUGAAAUCUUGGUCGUCAUGAGAAGGAUUAAUGGAGUUCAUCUGCUCAGCCGAAUUGUAAGUGGUGAUGCCACCACCGCAAAUUAUCGGCCGCUCCUCCGCCAGUCGGCGGUUCACAGAACGCGCUCAGGCUCCGAUAUCCGGUGCUUUUUGCAAGGAGUGAGCCCAUUUGGCUUGUAUGAUCUUUCUUUUGUUCGAAAUGUUGCAGGGAAUAGCCGGUGCUUCUCUGUGGCCUCUUCGUCUAUGCUUCAAGAGGUAGUUCAUGAUCCGCCACGGUCGUCGUUCGUCCCCAAGGAGGUGGUUCUCUAUCAAUACGAAGCUUGCCCGUUCUGCAAUAAGGUUAAAGCAUUCUUGGACUAUUACAACAUUCCUUACAAAGUGGUGGAGGUGAAUCCCAUCUUCAAAAAGGAGAUUAAGUGGUCUGCAUACAAGAAGGUGCCGAUUCUGAUGGUUGAUGGUGUACAGAUGGUAGAUUCUACAGAUAUAAUUGAUAAGUUAUACCAAGGAAUUCAUCCUGAGAACUCCACCUCAAACUCAGAAGAAGAGAGGAAGUGGCUUGGGUGGGUGGAUAAUCACCUGGUGCACGUUUUAUCACCAAACAUAUACAGAAAUUUCAAAGAGGCGCUGGAGUCUUUCAACUAUAUAACCACACAUGGAAAUUUUAGUUUCAUCCAAAGGAUAAUAUCGAAGUAUGGUGGGGCUACGGCCAUGUAUUUUGUUUCCAAGAAACUGAAAGAGAGACAUAACAUCAAAGAUGAGCGUAAAGCCUUGUAUGGAGCUGCAGAAACAUGGGUGGAUGCACUGAAAGAUCGUCAGUUUCUCGGUGGAUCAAAUCCUAAUUUAGCUGAUCUGGCCGUCUUUGGUGUCUUGAGACCAAUCCGGUACCUUCAAUCUGGAAUAGAUAUGGUAGAGCAUACAAGAGUUGGUGAAUGGUAUACUAGAAUGGAAAAGGCUGUGGGAGAGUCUGCAAGGAUCGCCUCCUGAAGUUAGUACAAUUUACAGUUUUGUUUUUGUCUGUAAUACUCAAUCUCUUGCCAGGUUAUCGAUAAAUAUCUGAACACUUAGAACGUCAGAUCUAAAAAGCUUGUCUAUGAGAAUAAUCUGCUAGAUCCAUGUUGCUAAUUAAGAAUUCUUUUGUCCUUUCAGAUGAUUUGAGGGUCUGAAUUUGUACUUAAAAGUGGUGUUGCCUUAUUAAAUUUAACUGUAUUAAGUUUGGUAUGACAAUCUUUGAGAGGUGAAUAAGAUUAGUAGAAAACUUUGCAAAUUGA